AUGUCUUCGGGAUUCGUUUCAGCCGGAACCAACGAGCAGCCUGUCGAGCGUGACGAUGAGUGGCUGCGCGCGCAGAAAGAAUUGGACGAGGAGAGGAGGCGCAAGGCGGAGAUAGGCAAGCAGACCGACGGGAAGAGUCUGUUCGAGGUGUUGGAAGCGAACAAGAUGGCCAAGCAGGAAGCUUUUGAGGAGAAAGCGCGUCUUAAGAACCAGUUCCGCGCCCUGGACGAAGAUGAGGUCGACUUUCUCGAUUCCGUUCUCGAAUCCACUCGCGCUCAAGAGGCGGCCGUGAAGAUGGAGACGGCGAAUCAGCUUGAGGUUUUUCGCAAGCAGCGCGAAGAGGCUGAGAAGGCUAUGCUUGGUCCAACCUCCUCGGAGGUGAAACCCGCAGAGGAGGAGGAAUGGACAAUACCCGCGCGCAAGAGACGGCGUGAUAAAGGCAAAGACCUGCUGCUUCCAGGCAAGAAGCGUAAGGCUUCUGGUGCGGAGGCCAGUGCAAAGCCCGAUACGACUCAAGAUGAGAAGUCGAGUCAAGGGAACGGACCUGCGCCUGGAAAAAGCCCCGUGCAGGCUACGAAUAGGACUACUUCAUCCAGGACAACGAAUCCCACGGUGGCUGGGAAUGCCACAGAGAGCUCAUCUACAAACAAUCAACCAGAGGUCACGGCACCGAUUCCACCGGCAGCUACACCCCUUGGGCUGGUCGGAUACGGAUCGGAUUCAGACUCGGAAUAA